CUCUCGAGACUGAACCGAUGGCCACCUACAAGGAGGUGAGAGUAUCCGGCUUCGAGGAGUUCGACCAGGCUGUAAAGGAGCACCAGGGCAAGACCAUUUUUGCCUACUUCAGUGGUUCUAAGGAUGCCGAAGGGAAGAGCUGGUGUCUGGACUGCGUGGAAGCUGAGCCAGUCGUUCGAGAGGGGCUGAAGCAUGUUACGGAAGACUACAUGUUCAUCUACUGCCAAGUAGGAGACAGAUCUUACUGGAAAGACCCAAAUAAUGACUUCAGACAAAAACUGAAAUUAACUACAGUGCCUACACUACUUAAAUAUGGAACGCCUCAAAAACUUGUGGAAUCUGAGUGCCUUCAGGCCAACCUCCUGGAAAUGAUAUUCGCUUAAGAUUAAGAUUUGAUGAUAGC